AGGAGGAGGAGAGGGGUCAGGAGGAGCAGAGACGCAGGGCGAGGAGAAGGAGGAGGAGGAGGAGGAGAGAAGGCGGCACUCGGCGGCAGCACCUGGAGGCCGGAGUGGGCACCGCGCUGCCUCCGCCGCUCCUCGGAUGGUGACGGGGCCCCGCCGCGGCCGCAGCCCCCCCGCGCCCCGGCUCCGCAGGCCUCCAGCGCCGGAGCCCUGCAGGAAUCAUGCCCAGGUCCUUCCUGGUCAAGAAGGUCAAACUUGACACGUUCUCCUCGGCAGACCUCGAGAGCUCCUACGGGCGUGCCCGCAGCGACCUCGGCGUGCGACUGCAUGAGAAAGGAUACCUCAGCGACUACGCAGGGCCCGCAUCUGUCUACGAUGGCGACGCCGAGGCGGCGUUGCUCAAAGGGCCGUCUCCGGAGCCCAUGUACGCGGCGGCCGUGCGGGGAGAGCUGGGCCCGGCGGCCGCGGGCUCGGCGCCGCCGCCCACCCCGCGCCCGGAGCUGGCCACGGCCGCGGGCGGCUACAUCAACGGCGACGCGGCCGUCAGCGAGGGCUACGCGGCCGACGCCUUCUUCAUCACCGACGGGCGCUCGCGCCGUAAGGGCGCCACCGCCAACGCCGCAGCCGCCCCCUCCACGACCUCGGCGGCGGCCCACGACGGCGACAGCGGCGGGGGCGCCGGGGCGAGCGCGCGCGGCGCGGGGCCGGGGCCCGGGGCCCGGGGCGGCGCGCGCGCGGGGACGGGCACGGAGGCUCGCGCGGGUCCCGGGGCCGGUGGCGCGGGGGGCCGGCACGCGUGCGGCGAAUGCGGCAAAACCUACGCCACGUCGUCGAACCUGAGCCGCCACAAGCAGACGCACCGCAGCCUGGACAGCCAGCUGGCGCGGCGCUGCCCGACGUGCGGGAAGGUGUACGUGUCCAUGCCGGCCAUGGCCAUGCACCUGCUCACGCACGACCUGCGCCACAAGUGCGGCGUGUGCGGCAAGGCCUUCUCGCGGCCCUGGCUGCUGCAGGGCCACAUGCGCUCGCACACCGGCGAGAAGCCCUUCGGCUGCGCGCACUGCGGCAAGGCCUUCGCCGACCGCUCCAAUCUGCGUGCGCACAUGCAGACGCACUCGGCCUUCAAGCACUUCCAGUGCAAGCGCUGCAAGAAGAGCUUCGCGCUCAAGUCCUAUCUCAACAAGCACUACGAGUCCGCCUGCUUCAAGGGCGGCGCCGGCGGCGGCCCCGCUGCCCCAGCGCCCACCGCGCCGCCGCAGCUCAGCCCGGUGCAGGCCUAGGGCGGCGGGGCCUCCGCCUGCCGGCUCGGCUCUCAGCAAUACGGGCGCCUGGGCGGAGGGGCCGGAGGGCGCGCCCCUCCUCACAGCAAUAGGGGGAGGGGCCCCGCCCCGCCCUGCCCUGCCCGCUAGGGGCCUUGCGGGCCCCUUCAAGCAAUAGGGUCCCGAGGGGAGACCCACCCCGAGCCCCCUCCCCUCCCCUCCCCUCCCCUCCAGGGUGCCCCAGGCUUUCUCCCAGCAAUAGGGUCGACGAGACCCAGAACCGAACCUCAUCUCCGAGUUAGGUCUCUGAAGAUAGGGGUGGGGUGGGGUGAGAGGGGACGCCCUCCUCCUUCCUCCUCCGCUCCCCUGCAUCGCGUCGCAGAGACUCAGGUCUUUCUCCCCCACCCGCCCCCUUCCCAAGCCUUCCAGGGCCGGGUCUGUGGCCCAGACGUCCAGGGAGCGGCCCCCUCCCCGGCGGCAGGCAUGCGGGGGCUUCCCUGCCAGGCGGUCUUCCCCGAGCCCCCGGGAGUGUCCGACGCGUUGGGGGUCGGGAGGGGGACGGACGGCGGCGCCCUCUCCCUCGGGGCCCUCCUGGGGCCUCAGUCCGAGCCGUCUCCUACCCUCGCCUCGCAUCCUUUGCCAAAUCCGAAUUCUUCCAGCCCGGCUUCCCGGGCUCCGUCCUCGGUAACGAAUACUAACGACGCAUAUCGAAUCGCAUGGACUUCCCCACCUCCUCAGACUCCGCUCCCGCCCCGCCCCGGGCCCCCUCCCUCUCAUCCCGGGCAUUCGGUGUUGGAGGAUGGAUGCCCGGGGCCGGCAGGCAGGCCUGGCCGCUGCCCUCCACACACCUCUCUGUAUUCGCUUUGCGGGUAAAGCCCCCUGGGGGGCUGCGGACGCGUCGGGUUCUUUCUUUCUGUAUUUGUACGUUUUAUUUGUGAACGGAUUGCACUCGGGUCAGGGGGGGCGCAGAGCCCCCGAUCCUUCCCGCCGACGCCGGGGGCCUGGGAUCUCCGGGAUCGCGUUCCGGGCCCCAAGCCCCGCCCCCACGUGGGCUCUGCCUCCGCGGCUCUCGGGACCUGCCUCUCAGCCUCGGGCCCCGCCCCCGAGCCCCGCCCCCACGAGGCUGCCAACUCUCGCCCGUCUAUGCCAAAGCCACGGCGGCGCCCCGCCCCCAAGGGCCCGCCCCAUUGGCCGCCGCCUUCGUGACGUCACUGCAUGCAGCCCCACCCCUCCCGUCCCUUCCCGGGGCUGCCCGCUCCCCCCCUAGUUAGUCCGACGCCGACUAUAGAGCAAUAAUGCGCACUGCAUGCCGAGCUGCCGCCGCCUCUAGUACAGAGAAUCAGGUAUCCCCGCCCCCGCCCCAGGCCCCCGAUCAGGGACGCUGCGCGGGGCCGACGCGCAGACUUUCUCCCCCACCCCCUUGCCCCGUCCCCACGGCAGAGCCCGGCGGGUGGAGGGCUGCGGGCCCGGCUGUUGCCCCCAGACCCCCCUUUCGCUCGUCCAUCACUCACCGAUCGUCCACGGGGCGCCCCCGACGUGCCAGACCCGCUGCCGAGUCCGCGAGGGGGGCGCCUCCGCGACAGGGGCCCGGCGACCUCGGGUCCGCGGGCUGGGUGGGCCGCGACGCGGAGACCCGGGAGCCCUGCACGCCUCCCCACCCCGUGGGCGCGGCCGGGCCGUACCCUUGGCUCGGGCCUCGGGUUCCCAGAGCCCCAGCCGCCCAGCGCCUCCUCCAGCUGCCCACCCCGACGCCCAGGGCCGCGGUCCCGUGCCCAGCCUGGGCCGGGGCUGCGGAGGGGUCAGGGUGCCCGCUGGAGCGUCUCACCUGGCCAGCCCCACCCUCGCGGGCCCGACUCCAGCUGCCCCAGCGGGGGCGGACUCUCGGGCCCACCACAGCCGUGCCCACGACCAAAUCCCUCCAGUCCCGCCCCGGUGUCCACACAGCUCCCAGGCUGGGCCUCCCCUGCCCAGGCACACCCGCAUGCACACGCACACACAGGCGCCCCACCCCAUCCCGCCCUGCCCCGGCGCCUGCCCACCUACCUAAGGAGAAGGCCGGAGGGUCGUGGGCCGGCCAGGGUCUCUCCCGUCCUGCACUCCGCCGCCGUGGAAAGCCAUGGGCCCCCUUCCGCCCCCAUAACGAAGCAGCACAAUAACCGACUUAGAGAAUUCAGGUAGAAGGAACCUUUAGGUAGUACCUAUUUUGUACUGAUUCUACGAGUAGGGCCCGAGGUGCAGGGGCCCUCGGGUGGGGGCUGCGGCCGCCGGUCCGCCCCGUCCCCCACCCUGCCUGCGCCCGCCUCCUUGUACAUACUCCCACCCGGAACAGCCGGGAUUUUUACUCGGGCCGGGCCCUUCUUCUGCCCCCGUUUGGGGCUGGGCCGGCCGGACAGACGGACGGACGGACAGACCUCCUUCCUAAGCACAAUAGCACCAGCUCCCCGGAGCACCGCACCUCCACGAGGAGAAUAAAUGCCACUCUUGAUAGAA